GAUGGCUAACAAAGUAACUCUUGAGGAUAUCGUAGAAAAUUUUUGUUCAAAUUUCUCGGAAGGAUCUUGGCAGCAUUCCGGAGGAACAACACCAAGCAAUGUGACUUACGUGUAUUUACCCCUUUUGCAACUUUCAUUGGGGGUUCCCCUUAUUAUUAUAUGUUUAAUUGUUCUUAAAAGAUUCCACUCAGGUAGAACUAAAGCGUAUUUUUUGUUAAGAUUGUUAGCUUUAUCGGACUUAGCAGCAUUGAUCAUGUAUGUAGCGACGAUGCUCUAUCAUUGGGUAGUCGCAAAAAGCUUAAAAACUGAUAACACCUAUAAUAUACUUAAAGGUUUUUCACAUGCCGGGGUUCUCUGGACAACAUGGACAGCGGUAAUUGUCGGUUUGGAACGCUGCAUUGCUGUGUGCCGACCAAUUCAAUCUAGAAUCUUCAAGACAAGAUCAGUUGUAAUUAUUAUUGCUGCUAUACAUAUCUUUGCAACUACUUUGUACGGUUGUCAUGCGGCUAUCAAUUGGACAUUUCAAUCGAAAGCGAAUGACAUAGAUGUGUCUACAAAUCGUCCUGAAUUAACCGCGUUUUUAAUGAAUAGAUGCAGCAGUAACAACAAUGAAGUCAGAUAUUUAGUCAACUCCAGAGUAAGAAUAGUUUUGGUUCAAAUAUUUGAUAUAUUUAUUCUGGCCACCGGAUAUAUUAUACCUAUUUUCCUUUUGGCUGUUGUGGACGUUCAAAUCGUUAGAAAACUUCGACAACUCCAAAAAAACGGCCCGGAUAAAGCCAGGGGAGCUGUCAAUUCUAAGAGGGCGACGAAAGUUGUUGCCGCUUCAGUUUUUGUCCAUUGCACGUGCUUAAUACCUAUGGCAGCACUUCACGUGAUAACUAUUAUAAAUAGUGAGUUAAAAAAUGACGCUUUUAAACUAAUAGUUGACGCCUUACUUCAUUUGCAUACAAUAUUAACUUUACCUGCUUACUGUGCAGUGGGAAAGUCUUUUAGAGCAGCUUUAAAGACAUUUGCAUCUUGCGCUCCAUCUGCACACAACAGUCCAACUAACAUGGAAGGAUCAGUGACGAGGUCAAGUUUUGUUUCAAUGAGUACAAUGAGUAGUACCAGAGGAUCAUUGAAAUUCAAAUUGAUAAGAAGAGGAGAAAGUAAAAAUAAGGAAUGCUUAAUAAAGAGAUAA